CUUCCUUCCAUCCAUCCAUCCACCCAUCCAUCCAUCGAUCCAUCCAUUUAUUUCUCUUUCCUGGCUUACUCUCCCCCUCUCUCCCUCCCUCAUCUAUCUAUCAAUUCUUGUAUACCCUAGCAGAAGUCCCCAGGCAGACUUUGUGGCAUAUUCUCAUGCCCCACUCCAAAGUAUUCAGAUUCUGCAGGUCAAGGUUGGGCUAUGCUGAUGCCCAGUGUCCAUUCCCUGACUCUUUGUGGGGUCUGGGGCCAGGUGCUGAGGAUACCGCUCUCCUGCCCCUGCAACCAGUCUCCUUGGGGCCCAUCUACCUGAAGGUUGGAUGGAUCACUUCCCACUUCCCGACUGACCUCUCUUACAUUGGGGGCAGAUUUCUGACUGGUGCCUAACACCCAUUCCAGCCAGCUACAGGUGUGUGGAGCGAACUUCAGCAGGAGUUUGUCCUUCAGUUACUGUUCCUGGACAAUCGUAGGGGUUGCUGCCCUCAUCCUGCUCCUGGUAGCCCUGCUGGCUCGUGUCCUCGUCAAAAGAAAACCACCCCGGGACCCGCUGUUCUAUGUUACAGAUUAAGAAGCUGAGAAACGAGGUCACGGUCGCAUCCUGAGACCGGCAUUGACCCCAAAGCCCGUGACCUUUGUGGCCCGAGCCGUUACCGCCUUCAAGCGCUUCCCCUGCCGGGAACUUUGCUGGGCGUUUACUCAUUCAGUGUCUGCUGUAGCCAGGCUGCGUGUCAGACACCCCCCAGGCCCCAGCUCCCUGUAGCAGCGGCACGCACUUUCCAUACUCCCCCCGCUUUGCUGAGAUGCAACUGACAGGUGACCUUGUGCGAGUGUGAGACGGAGGCUCGUAUGACGCGAUGCGCGCAUACGCUGGGAGACGGUGACCACGACCAGGUCGCUUGCCUUCAGUAAGGUCCUUCACCUCCCGUAAUCACCCGUCUCUGGUGCGCGGUGGGAACAUGAAGCAUGCGGCGCGGUGUCGUCGACCACGGUCACCACGCGGCAAGUCAGAUACCGAAACUCACUCGUCUUACCCCCGGAAGUUUGUUUGGCUGGCAUCCUCCCGUUUCCCCCACUCACCAGCCCCGGCAACCACCGUUCCAAGCUCUGUUUCUGAGAACUCAGCUUUUCUAGAUUCCGCAUUGUAUGCAGUGUUCGGAUUUACCAGUGUGGUGAACCUCAUCAUAGCACUGGAACAGGACGGAAUCAUUGACGGGUUUGUGACGCACUACUUGAGAGAGGGUGAACCGUAUCUGAACACGGCGUACGGGCACAUGAUCUGCUACUGGGAUGGCUCUGCUCAUUAUUUGAUGUAUCUGGUGAUGGUGGCAGCCAUAGCAUGGGAGGAAAGCUAUAGAACCAUUGGCCUCUACUGGGUUGGAUCUAUUAUCAUGAGCAUUGUUGUUUUUGUGCCAGGAAACAUUGUGGGGAAGUAUGGAACACGCAUUUGCCCUGCUUUCUUCUUAAGCAUACCAUACACAUGUCUUCCUGUCUGGGCUGGUUUCAGAAUCUAUAAUCAGCCGUCAGAAAAUUAUAAUUAUCCCUCAAAGGUCGUUCAAGAAGUGCAAGCAAAGGACCUGCUGAGAAGACCAUUUGAUUUAAUGCUGGUCGUGUGUCUCCUCCUGGCAACUGGAUUCUGUCUGUUCAGAGGCUUGAUGCUGGCAUACCUGUUCUAUUCUGUCCCUUACUUUGUGAUUGCGCUUUACGGCUUAGUGGUUCCUGGAUGUUCCUGGAUGCCUGACGUGACACUGAUACAUGCUGGAGGUCUAGCCCAGGCUCAGUUUUCUCACAUCGGUGCUUCUCUUCAUGCUAGAACCGCUUAUGUCUACAGAGUCCCUGAAGAAGCGAAAAGCCUCUUUCUAGCAUUAAACAUAGCAUAUGGAGUUCUUCCUCAGCUCUUGGCCUAUCGUUGUAUCUACAAACCAGAGUUCUUUAUAAAAACAAAGGCAGAUGAAAAAGUUGAAUAAAAGUAUUAUUUCUUCCUCUCUAGAUGACUGACUUUUAUUCCUGGUACUGAUCUUCUGUCCCAUUUUACUCCCUUCCCAUACAGCAAUACUUAAAAAUAUGCAAAUUCGGGCUCCGCACUGUUACGUGUGAGCUCUCACAUGGUAUUGUGUGGGUAAAUUUUCUUCUCUUGAAGGAUAAGUGAAGUUGAGAAACAGUUUAAAGAAAUCUGUUCAAAAUUAUUUGUGAGUAACUUGACCAUCUAUUUCAAUAUUCUGUCUGCACAUAUUAAAUAUAACUGUAAACAUACAAUUUAGCUCCUACAAUAGUGAGCACGAAAAUGAAACUAUUCAGAAGUGAAUAUGGCCUGUGCAUAUUAAAGAAUUUAGAACAACAGAUACAUUCAGGAGAAAUACUUUUUGCAUAUAAGAUAUAUAUGCAUCAUUGUCAACCUCAAUAUAAAAAGCAAAUUAUCACAUUAUUUUAAAAUGUUAUUUGACAAAUGUUUUCCCAAGAAAAGUAUAUUACUCACUGCUGUUAUAAACACUGCUUUUAAUAAAAAAUUUUUUGUGAGUCUAAAUGGCUAAGGAGGGAUCGGUGACUUUAUCAGUACCCUUAAUGAAUACCUGUUUUAUUGGUGACUGGAAAUAUUUUUAUUGUAUUUCUGUGUAUAUUUUUAAUAAAUUAUUUUUGGCCUUUUAUGAAAACAAAUCUUAA